AGUCUUCGCUAUGGGUGUUGUACAGAGUUCUAUUGGUGGAACUACCGAGGCUGCUGCGGUCGGAGCUGCGUUCCUUGCGGGUACGGCUACGGCGUAUACGGUGUAUAAACAACGUUUUGCAGCGUCCGCCACCACAGACAAGAGCACUAAUGUCUCCGGAGAAAAGGCUACAGCUACCGCCUCUGGGACGAAGAAAAAUAAUUAUAAAUCGAAAAAAGGAGGGAAUGCAGAGGACGCAGAGCUGGACGCGCUCCUUGCGCGUGCGAAGGCUGAGAAGGAGGAAGCGGCCCGGCGAUUGGAGAGAGCUUCUUCGAAGGGAGUAAUACCGGGGUCGUUUGAACUGGAUGGGGUGGAGGUGUCGAGUGAGGUGGAGGGGAGGGAGAAGAAGGCGAGGAGGAAGGGGAAGAAGAAGGGCGCUUCUGCUGCUGCUCCCACUGCUACUGUUGGUGAAGGUAGCGGUGCGGUCUCCUCGACGAGAGGAGAGGGCGUUGACAAGGCGACAGCGCCUUCGAGCACGAGCAAGCUGGCUGACUCGCCAGUCCAGGCUAAUGUUUCGGCACCAACAACAACAGAGUUAACUGCUGGCUCGUUGAAGCAGAAGAAACGCAAGGCUGCAAAGGCAGCGGAUAACACUACUGCUAUUCCAUCCGGCUCGACGACAGCAGCACCGGCCAGCUCAAGUAACGUCAACAAACCAGCAGGAACCGCACCCUCGUUACAAUCCUCCCAAGCCCUCGGUAUGAGCGUAACAAUGAGCGACGCGCCGGACGACGCGUCCUGGACACGCGUAUCCACUCGCAAGAAAAAUAUCAAUGACAAUCAGACUCAGCAGGCUGUGCGACGUGAGACGUCCCAGACGGACCCGGAGCUGUUCACGAGUGAUACGAAUGUCACGACGAGCGGUGUGACGGAUGAGAACACGGAAGAGGACGAGGCGCAGGAAGAGGAGGAUGAGGGAAGUGUAAGGGAACCUGAACAUCGAAGGACAUUUGCGGAGAAGAUGUUACCGAAGCCGAGAAAGACGGGGGUCGAAGACAUGGAAGACGAGCCAUUACAACCGACUCUGUCGCGCGUUAUGCGCAUCACGCCUAAACCAGGGGAGAAACCUGCAAAGGGCUUCUCAUGGGCCGACUACGAAGAGUACGCUGGUGCGGACGGCGGGACGAGUGCGGAUGGCGACGAGGAUGACGCUUGGGAGGAAGUCAAGAGCAAGAAGAAACUAGGCCGUUCCACCUCCGCACUAACAUCCUCCGUCGACUCUCUCUCCCUUUCCCAACCUCAAUCCCAAACCCAAGCACCAGCACCGGGCAAACAAACAAAACGCCAACGCCAAAACGCCAAACGGAAGGAAUCAAAACAGCUCGAGAAACAAGCACAAGAACAAGAACAGCGCGACCGUCUCGCGAAACACCAACGUGAACUCGAGCGAGAACGUAUUAAAGAACAAUAUGCGACUCCGGGAGGAGGGAGUGGGAAGAAGAAUGUUAGUGGAGGUAUGAAAGCGAGUGUUGAGGGUGGUAAACUCGUUUGGGAUUAAAAUUCAAUUCGUUUUCGAACCGUUUUUGAAUUUGAUUUCUGGGUGGACAACUUCGUAUCAAGUCCUGCAUUGCUUUCCUGCUGAUCUAUCUUCGUAUGUCCUAACAUAACUAAUCCUCCAUCCGUUCCUUGUGUAUUCUUACCAUCAUCCAAUUCAUCGUUUCAUGCUGCACUGCACAUAGACCAAUCAUAUCCACCUCCCUAACAAGUCCCAUUCAUCCCAUCACGUACCCUGUCUUUACUCAAUGCGGAUUUCCAAUAGUCAUUGUCCCUCCUCAAGUUGUUUCUUUGCUGUGCCAAAUGUUAUCCGAGAUUGGAUUGCUUCACUCUUUGCUCGUGCUCGUACAUAAAAUAAGAUAGGGCUUUCCUGUUUACAAAUAUACAUACU